ACAUACUUGCUGCAAGAAUAACCGAGAGUUUGCGCACCAACUCCGAGGGGCUUGGAGCCCAGGCCGGAGCUUUUGAAUUUUCGAGGAGAGCCAUUCCCAGCACCUAGAAGCUGCCUGUUCUGCUCGGCAGCUCCGGCUCAGCUCUUCAGAAAGGCGUGCAGACGACGUGGUUCCUCUUUCUUCUUGGUUCAGAUCAGAUCAGGCGGCGACGAAGCUCACGGUUAGGCUUGUUCGGGUUCCUGGCCGUCGUUGAGGCAUCUAACCGGAUCGCGCGAGGCUGAUCUGUGGUGUCGUAGUGGAUCGCGAGCCAUGAACGCGUCGCGGGGCGGCGGGGGGGACGGGUCGCGCGAUGCGUCGAAGAAGUCGAGCAAACGAUCUACUGGCAGCAGGAGGAGCGCCGCGUCCAAGGGCGGAUCGAGCAGCACAGCAGCGGGGGAGCGGGCCGUUCGGCGCCUGAGGCUGUCCAAGGCGCUCACGCUGCCCGACACCACCACGGUGGCGGACGCGUGUCGGCGAAUGGCCAACCGCCGCGUGGACGCGUGCCUGCUCACCGACUCCAGCGCGCUGCUGUGCGGCAUCAUGACGGACCGGGACCUUGCGUUGAAGUGUGUGGGCGAGGGCCUGGACGUGAACAGCACUCUGGCGUCGGCAGUGAUGACCAAGAACCCCACGUUUGUCACCAUCGACUCGUCUGCUGUGGAGGCGCUGCAACGCAUGGUGCAGGGGCGGUUCCGGCACCUGCCGGUGAUCGAGGAGGGCGAGGUGGUGGCGCUAUUGGACAUCACCAAGUGCCUGUACGACGCCAUUGCCAAGAUGGAGCGCGCUGCUGAGAGGGGCGACGCGCUGGCAGCUGCCAUGGAGGGUGUCGAGAGGCAGUGGGGGGCCAACUCAGCCAUGGGGUUUGUUGAGACUUUUCGGGACAAGGUCUUCCGACCCACGCUUGCCACUGUGCUUGGGGACGACGCCAGGCUGGCCACGGUGCUCAAGACGGAUCUGGUGCGCACAGCAGCGACGAGGAUGAGGGAGAGCCGAACGAGCUCCGUCAUAGUCACAAGCGGCGCCAACAACCGCCCGUGCGGCAUCCUCACAUCAAAGGACAUCCUCACGCGCGUGCUGGCACUCAACCUGCAUCCCGACAACACACUGGUUGACAAGGUGAUGACACCGAAUCCUGAGUGUGUGCUGCUCAGCACUCCUGUGGUUGACGCCCUUCACACCAUGCACGAUGGCAGAUUCCUGCACCUGCCAGUGGUCGACUCAGAUGGCAGCUGUGUGGCAUGCGUGGAUGUGCUGCAGCUCACUCAAGGCGCCAUGUCCUCAGCCGCUGCAGCAGCAGGGCCGGACAGUGGCGACGCCAUGGGGCAGCUGAUGCAGCGCUUCUGGGACUCCGCCCUGGCGCUACCCCCUGCCGACACUGAGGAGGAUACUGGCAGUGUGCGCAGCAGUGACAUGUCGGACCAGAUACGCCCCUCAGGAAGCAGGAGGAGAGGGGGCGGAUCAGCCUCAGCAGGAGCAGGAGCAGCAGGAGCUGCCGGUGGUGGGAUGGGAGCAGGGGUCGUGGCAGGGGGGAUGGGAGGGGGGAUGGGAGGGGGAAUGGGAGGGGGGAUGGUGGGCGUGCGGGAGAGGGAGGUGGAGGAUUUGUUUUCGUUCAAGCUGGAGGACCGGCGGGGGCGCGUGCACCGCUUCACUGCGGGCAGUGAGAGCAUGACGGAGCUGGUGUGCGCCGUGGCUUCGAGGCUCGGGGGGGACUACGACCCCGACAACCCGCCAGCCAUCCUGUAUGCGGACGAGGACAACGACAUGGUGGUCAUCUCAACAGACGAGGAUCUGCACGCCGCUGUCAAGUUCGCCAAGGCCACCGGCAUCAAGGGUCUGAAGCUUCACCUAGAGUUUCACGAUGACGAGGACCCCGACACCCACUCCCUGCAUGGGUCACAGCACGGCUCACAGCACGGCUCACAGCAUGGGUCUCAACGCGGAUCCCUGCACACAUCGCAUCAUCACCGCACAUCAUCUCUAGUCAACGGCUCUCGUCGCACCAACCCCGCCACCCCCCCUCGCCCUUCCACCUCGCGAAAAUCUGCCGCAGCUGCUUCCGGGCCUGCCUCUCCGGCUCGGUCCCCACCCUUCGGCACAGGUUCGGAAGGAGGGGCGGCAGCCGCAUCAAGUUGGGACAAUGCAAUGUGGGCGUAUACGGUGUCCAUGCUAGCAGUGACGGCAGUGGCAGCAGUCAGUGUGGGUGUUGCAGUGUACAUGCACCGAAGCAAGCAGUGAUGCUUUACGAGUAGGCAGCGAUUCCUAAGAGUAGGCAGCGAUUUACAUGCACUGUAGCGUUGUGGGCUAGAAGUUAGGAAGAUAGAUCCAGCCAUUCAAAGGGGAGGUGUGAGGCAGAAACGAUCAGCAAUUAGGGCAAGCAUUCAUUCAAUCAGUGGCAAUGGCUGAAUAUCAUUGGCAGUGAAGGGUGGCUUUACAUUAGUGGCAA